ACCCUUUUUGGAUUGCGUAUGUAGUCAUGCGGUCCAGCCCGCAUGAAACAUAUUUCCUUCAAAAUUUAAAUCCCACAGUAUAAGUUGUCUGAGGUCUAUCUUGAAUUUAUUCCAGUUUGCACUUUCCACUGGUUCUUGCUUAUUGUAUGUAUAGGUGUCGCUAUGUAAAUUAUUAAUUAUAUUUGUUCAUGGAACUCCUGGGAUCUCAAAGCAGAAGCGGUGGCUUUGUUUGUUUCUGGGGUUUUUGGUCUAUGUAGUUGAGGGCCUUUAUUCUGUUACUAUGGGAACGCCUCCUGUUACGAGUUGGUGAUGAAUUAGAUGACUUAUUGCUCGAUUUUCUGGUGGUUCCUCUGAAACCUAGUAAUGGAGGAAGGUGAAUGUGACGCAAUUUUCAGUUCUCUUAAUGUAAACCCACAACUAUUUGUGAAUGAAAUCCUCAAUAGUGUUGAUGAUGUCAUUGACGGUGGUUUUGAGUUCUAUGAAAGUCAAGCGCCUACACUUUUGGGUGAAAAGGAUGCAGAUCAAUUAAAUAAGCUGAGCCAGGGUAUAUCUGUCAUAUGUCAUACAGUUCAAGAAGUUUUGGAUAAGCGACUGGAUUUCUGGGAAAAGUAUUGCCGUCAACAUUGUUUUGCUGUUCCAAAAGGAAUUUCAUCAAAUAUUGGAUCGUCCAGUGAUAACGAAUUAAAGGAGGCUGGACUCUUAGAUGCUGAACUUGACAUCGAGUUAGAUUUCUUGAGGGAGAAGCUCAAUGUGGCUGGAAAGGAAUAUGGUGAACUACAAAAAGAGCUCCAUGCUUUGGAGAAACAGACUACAUUGAGCAAAUCUUGUGCAGAGGCUGUUUCGGAGGCAUUACAACCUUGGGAGGAAAACUCCAACCAUGUUUUAUUCCAUGAGUCGAUGAGAAGUGCUGUGGAACUCCAUUCAAGAAUCCAGAAACAGAAUGAGAAGAGAAGGAAGGAAAUAACAUCCUUUAGAAAAGAGACAAUUAAUAGUCCUGUCAAAAGACUGUCCAAAACAGAUGGCAAUGGAUUGUUGACAGAAUAUUUCGAAGAGCUUCAAGAAUUUUUGGACAGUGUCAAAAGCAUUGAUGCCCCCAAAUGAUCUCCAAGCAAGAUAUCAUUGCUUUUUGAAAUGAAAUCUACUUUAUGUAGGUCCUUUCAUGUCCAAGUUUCAUUGUAAUGUGGCAUGGCUUCUGACUGUUUUCUUAGAUUGUCGACGUGUGAAUGCCUGUCUCUAUGGCCUGCUAGAAAAUUGAGCCUUCAUAAUAAGUGCUGUAAUUGACCCUACAAAGUCUCUAGAGUGGACUCACAGUGCUGACACUUGAUCCUGUUACUCUUUUUGAAGCUCUCCCUUUUUUUGUA